CAUUCAUCGUCUCUCUCGUAACAUUAGUCUCUCUCUCUCUCUCUCUCUAAAAUCAUGUCUUCGUCGUUAGUCUCUGCUCUUGCUUGCGCCCUUGUUCUGUCUCUUUGUUCCGUCGUCCUUUCUGAAGCGCCGGCUUUUCAGAAACUGCCGGUUCCCGGUUCGAGGUCGGGACCCGAAGCGUUCGCCUUCGACUCCACCGGCAAAGGAUUCUACACCGGCGUCUCCGGUGGCAAAAUCCUCAAAUACACGCCGGAAACCGGUUACGUUGACUUCGCUCAGACUUCCAAACCUGCGAACAAAAUAUGGUGUGAAGGAGUACUUGGAACGGUAUUGGCGCAAAUAUGUGGUAGACCGGCCGGUAUAGCAUUCGAUGAGAAAACCGGCGACCUUUACAUCGCGGAUGCUCCACUGGGUCUCCACGUGGUCUCUAAGGCCGGCGGACUCGCCACCAAGAUCGCCGACUCGGUUGACGGAAAGCCCUUCAAGUUCCUCGACGGUCUCGACGUGGACCCCACCACCGGCGAUGUCUACUUCACUUCCUUCAGCUCCAAAUUCACCCCCGCCCAAGUGUACAUAGCCGUGGGCCUGAAGGACGCGUCGGGAAAGCUCUUUAAAUACGAAGCCGCGACCAAAAAGAUCACAGUCCUGGUCGAGGGCCUGAGCGGCUCGGCCGGCUGCGCCGUCAGCUCGGACGGGUCGUUCGUUCUGGUCGGAGAGUUCAUCAAGAGUAAGAUCCAGAGGCAUUGGAUCAAGGGCCCGAAAGCAGGACAGACCGAGGAAUUCACCUCGAAUGUUACAAACCCAGACAACAUUAAAAGGAUCGGAUCUACGGGAAACUUCUGGGUGGCGUCGGUGGUGAACGUAGGCCUCAAAGCCACGAACCCAUCCGCCGUUAAAAUCGAUUCUGAGGGCAAAGUUCUUCAGACAGUCCCUCUCAAGGAUACCUUUGGAGACACUUUGGUCAGCGAAGCCAACGAGUUCAAUGGCUCCCUUUAUGUCGGCACUUUGCUGGGACCCUUCGCCGCUGUUCUCAAGCUUUAAGAUUUUGUUGUCCUUGUUGUCGUUUCAUGAUUUGGAUUUGGGGAUUUAAUCGUGUGAUUUGUUGAAUAAAAAAAUUAUAUAUUAGAUAUAAUUUCUGAUGAA